AUGUCUGUUAUUUUUGAUUAGUUGGAUGUAUGCAAUUUAUUAUAACUCUAGAAUAUCUAAACACUUAGAUUUAAAUUUACUUAGGCCAUAAAGUUGGGUGUUUAGCUUUAUUUUAUUGAUAAUCACAACUUAAAAAGACUUGUAGUUAGUGAUAAUUAGAUCACAUAAUUUACUGAAUAGGAAGCAAUAAAUGUUCUAUAAGGAGUUCAGCAAAUUUGUUCUGAUGGAAAAGUAAUAUUUUGUUUAAUGAGUACAAAUUAUUAUAUUAUUUAAAGGUAAUGGAGAUCUUUUUUAGAUUGAUUAAUAACCAAAGCAAUUAGUUUAAGGCAAAAAUUAUAUGAGUAUUACUCCAACAACUGCAAUAGAUCAUUCUGGAAGAGGGUUUUGGUGGAAAAGUAAUAAGACAAUUUAUAGUCAUUGUAAACAUAUAAGUACUUACAAAGAAAAAUUAACUUUAAUAACAAGUACAUAAAUAAUAUGUAUAUUUAUUAGUUGGUGGAAAAAUAUUUAAUAUUGAAAAUGAUAUUUAAAUACCAAUUCAAUAACUUAAUGGAUUAGGAAUUAAUGGAUAUUUUAAGAAAUCCUUAUUAUUUUAAUUUGGUGGUAUAGCAAUUACAGAAAAUGGUGAUGCUUAUUGUUAUACUAAUAAAAUGAUAAAAUUAAAGAUUAAUAAUUUGGAAGAUAUAAGUGCUAAUAAUAAAUUUAUAUUUGCUAUUUAAGGGAAAUAUUUAUUAUAAUGGAAUUUAGAAGAUUUUUAAUCUCAUUAAUUUUAUGUGAAUUAGACAUUAUUCAAAAAGAUGAAUUAUGGUAAUGAAAUUACAAUUAAUNUAUUUAUAAAGAAUAUUAAGAACUUGAAUUAAGAUUAUAUUAUAUUUUUGUUAAUUAUAAUAAUAGUUUUAUUAUAUAAAAAUGUAUAAUUCAUUUAGAAUAGAAAAAAUGAAAAUAUAAAAUAUUUUAGAAUAUUAAUACUAAUACAAAUAUUCAAAGGUUUUAUAUAUUAUUUUUAAUGA